AUGUAUUCACACAGCCGACGAACAAGCGAAGUCGUGGUAGCACGCAGCAAGCGAACGGGCGAGAAGUAUCCUGUUCGAACUUCUCAUCUUUCAGCACAGCGAGGUCCAUAUCUUCACUAUAUAGACAGUAGUCGUUUGCAAGCGUGCCGAUGUCUUCAAGUGCAGGAUCACAAGAAGCCACAGUCAAUAGGCGAUGUCGACAAACAUCUAGCUAUUGCCAUCAUUCGAUACAUGGACAAGUUCGAUCUCGAGUCGUGUUUGCAACAAGACUUCUACAGCUUUCAGCAGCAACAGAAGAUUCAAUGGGCUCUUCGAAGUGUCCACGCUGAGCGUUUCCACUACCUGGGCAAAGACAAAGACGUCGUGUGUCGAUGCAACGAGCCCGACCAUCUGUCUUAUCGGCGGGUCCGCAAUGCAGAAAUCCAGGAGCUGUGCGCUGAGUUCUUUCUUCUUGAAUCGACGCAGACUACAUGCAAACAAGAACAAUGGCGAGAGAUGACAGGGUCGACUCCAACACUUCCAAUACAGCCGUUGGCGUCGCUAGCGGCCAACAUCCAGCCUAGUAGUAGACCUCCAGCAUCGGGAAGCAACGCCUUUGGGUACGAUUCUCCCUCAAUGGCCGACUUAUUGAAAAAACGAGCGACUCGAUCUCCCGAAUCCCGCAAACAUCGUUCACGACUACGUUCGGACCCGAAAUCUAGACCGUCCUCAUCUGACCAAGAGAACAUGGAGCACCUAAGCAAUGGACCGAACGGUGAGGCUGAUGUACCAGAGGAUGUUUGGCGGGUAAGUCGCCCAUCUGUGUACUUCGGACAACACGAAUUCGAGUCCAAUGUGAGUACCCCCAUUGGCUCCUCGGCUACUACAGCACGACAUGAUAGUCACCAGGAGCGUACGCCACGACGACGCCGACCAUCUACUUUGGAGCUUGGUGCAGAGGCGCCAGGACUAAGUCAGUAUGCUGCUCACGGACGAGGCACUGCAGAGUUUGAUGGUCCCAUCGCGUAUGCCAGCUCCAGUAUCUACUCUGGGAAUGCGGAAUCUGGUGUUGGAGGCCUGGAAGUCAGCCCUAACCAAACUGAACAAUCUUCACCAGCAAGCUCGACAGACUUUCCCCCGCAUGUGGCAGAACUCCCUUCUCUCGAACGAGCCGCUGAGCUAGAUGCAGUCUUUUUUCACUCUCCAUGUGUGCCACCCUUUUCACCAGAUUUUCCCGAGCUAGAAGGUGGCGCUUUCGAGCAUGUUGCCGAGCUGACUGGUCGGAGCUCCAAGGUGCUACCAAAGACGUCAAAGGUGAAAACCUCGUCUCGUCGACUCUCACGCCUCGUCAAGCUACCGUCAUCAGAAUGCUUGCCUUGCCAGGAAGACUUCUUCCUCAAGCGGGUAGAAUUCUGCUCCCGCAACCGCCCAGCACCCCUCGGCAACUGCUCUCUCUGCCACAACUCCCUCGACGUAGCAAACAAACACACGAUCCGUCUUCCUUGCGCCCACUACGUGCACCAAGAGUGUCUGGUGUCUGAAUUCCGCGUGUCUGACCUGGAGUUCGGCAACUGCCCUUCUUGUGGAAUGGCGCUGUGCGAGCGCACACUGCACGAUCGCAUCGACACCGACCGAGAAGCCAUCUUCGGGCAGUCGUUCACCAAUCUGCGGGCUGAAGAGCGCAUCGACUUGGCGCAGCGCGGUGAGACCGUCGUCUGCUGGUCAGAAGAGGAAGUCGCUGCGACUCAACUACGCUUGCUUAAGGAUUACGUCGACAGCCAUGCCGACGAACUGCACCGCCAGUGGCUGGAAACUGGCGUCGAGCCGGACUGGCACGGUGCAGUCGUGAUACCUGUGGUGCAGCUGUUCAAGGGCUGGAACGUGCCAGCGCGGAAGUGUAGGUACUUCGCCGAUCGCGACGCGUUUUACAAGCUGGUCGUGUGGGCCGAGCUGGUCCGUCUGAUGAACACGAUUCGUGACAGGGCGAAGCGCUUGCAAGGUGAGGUUGUGGCGUUCCCGCAGCUUAAUGAGUUGCAUCGGAAGUUCAUGUUGGCGAAAGACCGAUAUGAGACUGAGAAGAAGACGUGGCAGACAAAUCGCUCGGGCGUCUUGGAGUGCGAGAAGAUCGCGCAGGACGCGUUUAGCAUGGCUGUGAGCACUCACCUCGAAAGCGGGUCUAAGAAGCUCCACACAUGA